AUGGCCACCUCUACUUCGCGACAGAAGGUGGUGAUUGUUGGUGCAGGUCCAGUGGGCGCGCUGGCGGCGCUCUAUGCUGCAUCUCGCGGCGACGAAGUUGAAGUAUACGAGUUGCGCGGAGAUCUCCGCGAUCCCACGACUGUACCGCUCAACUUCACCAAGUCGAUCAACUUGGCACUGUCGGAGCGUGGUAUCACUGCGAUUCGGCAUUCCCAGCGCUUAGAGCUCAUCGAAAAUGUGCUUCAGGGUACCAUCCCCAUGUACGGGCGGAUGAUCCACGGCCGAGACCGAGGCCAACUCUGGGAGGCUGCUCAAGCAUAUGACGUGCAUGGUCGGGCAAUCAACGCGGUGGAUCGCAGUACUCUCAACAAUGCACUACUUGAUGAGUUGGAGCGAGAGCCGAAUGUCAAGCUCUUUUUCAAUCAUAAACUGACUGGCGCCGAUUUCCGCACGAACAAGGCAUGGUUCGAGCGGCGCAUCCCCGGUGAAACACCCCAGCCAGACAAUCUGGGUGUGGCCGGCCGUGUCCCUGAAAUUGAAGUAUCCUUUGACUUUCUACUCGGUGCCGAUGGCGCCCACUCGGCAGCUCGCUUCCAUAUGAUGAAAUUCGCCCGCGUCGACUACCAACAAGAAUACAUCGAUACUCUCUGGUGCGAGUUCCGUAUUCCACCUUCCGAGAAUGGUGACUUCCGCAUCUCCCCAAACCACUUGCACAUUUGGCCGGGUCGUGAAUUCAUGUUCAUUGCGCUCCCUUCGGCAGAUAAGUCCUUUACUUGUACAUUAUUCGCACCAUCUGUCCAUUACAACACCUUGGAAAACGCACCACAGGAUCUUCAUACUUUCUUCGAUCGGCAUUUUCCCGGUGUAUGUCCCGAGCUCAUUGCGCCCGAGGCCUUGAGCGAACAAUUCAACCUAAACCCCCAUCUGCCCCUGAUCAGCAUCAAGUGCAAGCCUCAUCAUUUCAGCUCAAGCGUGGCGAUCUUGGGUGACUCCGCGCAUGCGGUCCUGCCAUUCUACGGCCAGGGACUCAACGCCGGUCUCGAGGAUGUCCGAGUUCUCUUCGAACAUCUAGACAAGCACGGGGUCUACAACAAGGACAUUGCCAUCUACGACCGUAACGAGAGACGUCAAGCAGCUUUCCAGGCCUACACUGAUUAUCGCUGCGAGGAUACCUACGCCAUCAACGACUUGUCUCGUGAGAACUACUUGGAGAUGCGCUGGGGCGUCAAGUCCCCGUUGUACAGAUUACGCAAAUCGAUUGAGGAAAGUCUCGAUCGUCAUUUCCCGUCCCUUGGCUGGAGGACGCAGUAUGCCCGCGUCAGUUUCAGCAACGAGCGUUACUCAGAGGUCAUCCGUGCGGUAGCUCGCCAGAGUGAAAUGCUCGGUAUCGGAUUGGGAGUCGCUGUGUUGGUGAGUAUUGGUGCAAUCUCCUUGCUUGCAUGGAGAAAACCGCAACCUUUCUCACUUGCACGCUUCCUACGAGAAUCUGUCCAUUCUCUUUCUCGGCGUUGGUGA